AUGGAUCAGAGCCAAAGUCAAGCGAGCGGUAAAUUUUCUAAGCUAUCGCUGGAUCAGCUGCGUGAUGUCACCGAUGUUCUUCGGCGCCCGCUAACAAAUCGAGAAAUUCUUAUUCCGCUGGGCCGCCAAGCCUUUAUGCCUGGGGUGUUGCAACCUAUUACGGACUCCAAAGGACGCGAACAAGUGCUUUUCCGAACUGGGGACAAUGAAAAGAAGCAAAUCAGCAGAGAGGAAGCGUUGGAGAUUAUUCAGCGAGAAAUUGAUGAGCAAAAGGAGAAGAAACCAGUAUUGAAGUCCUCUUUGAAAAAGACUGUGCUGCCAUCUCCGAAGCAGAUGACACAGGAUGAGCGUUACCCUCUCCCGUCCACACAUUUCAAGCUUGCUGGUGAUCUUCCUUACUUCGAAAUUCGUGAAGAAUACGACGCAUCUGGGAAUGUCCAUGGUGAAGCGAUCAAUGUGACAAAGCAAUUAGAAUACCUGGAAGAUCAGGCAAACGGAGAUGUUGGUGCUCUCGGCCCAUCGUCGGAAGAGAAGGUUGCACGUGCAGAAGACCACGAAUAUAACGAAACGAUACCAGAAGAUAUUCAACCAAAGAAGAAGCUUUCGGACGACGAUUUUGACGCACUAUCCAAGCGGCUAGAAGAAUUAACGAGGCUUGAAGAGCAAGCUGAAAAAGAAGGUGCGAAAAAUCGAAAGAGUUCAAAAAAGCUACAAAGCAAGGGAUGGGGCAAAGGCUUUUUGAAUAGAACAUCUACUCCAGCUGAAAUUACUAAAACUAUACAGGCGCCACCUGUUUCCCAGCAAUUGCAAUCCUCGGCGCCAGGAACGGAGCAAACAGGCCGCAGAGUGGCAUUUGGAUCCGACAACCAAGUCCAAGAAAUUCCCCGAGUUGGACACCGAUCCGUCAACGAAAUUCGAAAGCCAGCUUCUCAAACUCAAUCAUUUGAUGAAAGUGUUUUGUCCAAUAUGGUGCGUGAACGACCCAAAGCGUCAUCUAGCCCCAAACCUGCUCCACCUCAGAGCGCCCCGUCACGAGUGUCUCGGUUUGCCCAGCAACGACAAAAUCAGGCUGAAUUUGUGAACAAUUUGACUGAACCUCAGUGCUCCGAGAGCUACCAGCCUUACGAAGAUCACAAAGCUUCGAAAAAGAGAGCGUCUCGAUUUACCCAAUCACGUUAA